AUGGGCUCUCGUUGGAGCAGCGAAGAGGAGAGGCAGCCGCUGCUGGGGCCCGGGCUCGGGCCUGGGCUGGGGGCCUCCUGGAGAAGCCGGGAGGCGGCGGCGGCGGCGCUGCCUGCGGCGGUCCCGGGUCCCGGGCGGGUGUACGGGCGCCGCUGGCUGGUGCUGCUGCUCUUCUCGCUGCUGGCGUUCGUUCAGGGCCUGGUCUGGAACACCUGGGGUCCCAUCCAGAACUCGGCGCGCCAGGCCUACGGCUUCUCCAGCUGGGACAUCGCGCUGCUCGUGCUGUGGGGGCCCAUCGGCUUCCUGCCCUGCUUCGCGUUCAUGUGGCUCCUGGACAAGAGAGGUCUCCGGAUAACUGUGCUCCUGACAUCCUUCCUUAUGGUUUUGGGAACUGGUCUAAGAUGCAUACCUAUAUCAGACUUAAUGCUUAAAAGAAGAUUAAUUCAUGGAGGACAGAUGUUAAAUGGAUUGGCAGGUCCAACUGUAAUGAAUGCAGCACCAUUUCUCUCCACGACUUGGUUUUCUGCAGAUGAAAGGGCCACAGCCACAGCUAUUGCAUCAAUGCUCAGUUAUCUUGGGGGAGCGUGUGCAUUUUUAGUUGGACCACUUGUUGUUCCAGCUCCCAAUGGGACAUCACCUCUUCUUGCUGCAGAGAGCAGCAGGGCACAUAUUAAAGAUCGCAUAGAGGCUGUGUUAUAUGCAGAAUUUGGAGUUGUCUGCUUAAUAUUUUCUGCAACACUAGCUUAUUUCCCACCCCGACCUCCUCUUCCUCCCAGUGUUGCUGCAGCUAGCCAGCGUCUGAGUUAUCGGAGAAGCGUUUGUAGAUUAUUAAGCAAUUUUCGAUUUUUGAUGAUUGCUUUAGCAUAUGCCAUACCACUUGGUGUAUUUGCUGGCUGGUCUGGAGUUCUGGACUUAAUUUUAACACCAGCGCAUGUCAGCCAAGUAGAUGCUGGCUGGAUUGGAUUUUGGUCCAUAGUUGGAGGCUGUGUUGUUGGAAUAGCUAUGGCAAGGUUUGCAGAUUUUAUCAGGGGUAUGCUGAAACUAAUUCUUCUCCUCCUGUUUUCGGGAGCUACACUGUCAUCCACGUGGUUCACCCUGACCUGUUUGAACAGCAUCACACACCUACCUUUAACCACAGUGACAUUGUAUGCCUCCUGUAUUCUCCUGGGAGUGUUCUUGAAUAGCAGUGUGCCUAUAUUUUUUGAGCUUUUUGUGGAAACUGUCUACCCAGUUCCAGAAGGAAUUACUUGUGGAGUUGUCACUUUUUUGAGUAAUAUGUUUAUGGGAGUACUUUUAUUUUUUCUCACAUUUUAUCAUACAGAGUUGUCUUGGUUCAACUGGUGCCUUCCCGGGUCGUGUUUGCUCAGUCUCCUCCUCAUUCUGUGCUUCAGGGAAUCCUAUGACAGACUCUAUCUUGAUGUGGUUGUCUCCGUUUAAUAGCACAGACUUGAAGGAGUUUAAAAGGAGGCUGGAAAUCAAUACUGCACACUGCACAUUUGCUCGGAAUUGCACAUCUAACAGGAAAAGAGGGAGAAGAAAGAAACUUCAUUCAGAGGUUUUGUUAGGUUACAGAUUAUCACAUUAAUUUGAUUACUACUAGGUAAUAAUAAUGGGAGACUUGAGUGAUAAUAGGGGAUUUUAAAACUCUACAGAUGGCAUACCUGUGCCUGCUUCUGGGGUUGGAAGUGUGACUUCUUACACAUAAAGCACUACCUAAGUAAUUCUCUCUCUGUUUUGUGCCAGUGCUAAACUACUGAUUACUUGUAAUUAUGAAAAGAAAUAAAGGGUGUCUAUCAUAUGCAGAUAACGCCUUCCCUAAGUCACAUAUCAGAAUAGGAAGAUAUGCCACUAACUUCUAAAGAAGUUCAAACCCUGUAUCCAAUUUUAAUGAUAAAAUAGCCAAGAGGUAUAUCGAUGAUAGAAAUUAGCCACGUGUACACUACAUUUUUUCUAAUAAAGCCAUUUCUUAUAUGACUCCUUAUUUUAAUCAGGUCAGAAGCCCUUGGCCAUCUUUACUAUGGUGAUCAGGUGCUUUCCAGUGACUUCUGAGCAUAGGCACUGUGUCUCCAUCUCAACUUAUCCUUGUUUCUGUGAAAUACAAUUUCAUCUACUAGGCCCUUAAAUAAUUAUGUGAGGGUGACUAAAUGUUUAAUAUGAUUACAUUAAAUAUUGUAUGAAAAAAUGUAAUUCCAUUAGGAUCUAGCACUUUGUUACAAGUGAAAUGACAAGUCACAUGGACAUACUGUGUCUUCUGCCUGUAUAUGGUGGCAUGAGAUGUAAUGUCCAGAGCCAACAAUUAUUUACCAGGGUUAGAUUUUAUUCAGUGACCCUCGUUUAAAAAUAAUAAUUUAUCACAUUGAAACUUUCAGCUCUGUCGAAUGAUUUCUGAAUUACAUCCUGUGUUUCAGCUUAGGUUGUAAAAUACUCCGUUCUCUGUGGAGUCAGCAUAUUUGAGAGGGCAGCAUUUUGCCAGUACCUAUCUUCUUUCUACAGAUGAUAGCUUUUUAAGAAAUAAGAGUUCCACAUUGAGUGGCUGUCAGACACAGAUUUCACUGUGACGUAAAAUACACUGCAGUGAGAGUAUGGUAUCACCACUAUUCAUAUUUACAUCAUUCCCCUCACACAGAAAAACCAACCCUUUUCCCAAAAAGUCGAGAAUACUGCUAUACCUUUAUUAUUCUCAGCUUCCUCCAGCCCUUCUUCUUGUUUUUCCUCACUUGAAAUUGAACCUUCAUUGUCAGCUAAGUAUAUAUACUUUUGUGUUUUCCUGGACAGAGUGCAAGUGGCUGUUAUCAGCCAAGGUGGUGAAGGUUCAGGAAAGCUGGGCAGCACUGGGCCCUGCUCCUCUCUGCACCUGUGUGCGCCAUGACACACCCACAUGCAGAUUCCCAAGUCUGUCUCCCCUCCCCCUUAGCAAGUACAAGGCUGUGCAUUAACUCACCUCGGUCCUAGAGGAGUAUCCUAGUACUGCGUGGCAACUUCUAAGACCCUAACUUGUGAAACUAGGGAAGUAAGAAACCGUUCAAAUUUAACAUCUGUCUUCAGUCAUCUUUAAAUCGUCUCUCUUUAUAAACACUCUGCUCACUUAGCAGAAGGACUGAAGGAACUAAGGAACUUGCUAAAGAGAAGAAGAAAACAAAAGCUAGACUUAGUUCCAGUUAAUUCUGUUAUUCUUCUGAAAUAAAAAUGAAAUAAAAGGAAGGCAGAAUUCUCUUUUUUUUUUUUUUUUUUUAAGACAGGGUCUUGCUCUGUGAUGGUGCAAUCUCAACUCACUGCAACCUCCAUGUCCCAGAUGCAGGUGAUCCUCCCGCCUCAGCCUCCCGAGUAGCUGGGACUACAGGCACGCACAACCAUGCCUAGCUAAUUUUUCUGUUUAUAGUAGAGACAGUGUUUCUCCAUGUUGCCCAGGCUGGUCUCAAACUCCUAAGUGAUCCACCCGCCUCAGCCUCCCAAAGUGCUGGGAUUAUAGGCGUGAGCCACCACACCAGGCCAAGAAGGCGGAUUCCUUGAAGAUGAUUCAAAGCCAGCCAUUAAGGAUAUCCGUAGACCAUGACCUGGAUGCUAAAUAAGCACCACCCCUUCCUGUUCAGAGGGAAGAGAGAAAGGAGAGGGAAGAAUUAUAAGGUAUUUGGUUUUAGUCCGAACUAUUAUGUUUGAGGAUGUUGUGGUAUAACGUUCUGCAAUAGUAAGAUUUCUUGUGUAGAACAUUUUAAUUAUGGUUAAUUGCACUUUUUUUUUUUUUUUAAGGGACAGGAUCUCAGUAUGUUGCCCAGGCUGGACUCAAACUCCUGGGCUCAAGUGAUCCUCCUACCUCAGCCUUCCGAGUAGCUGGGACUACAGGCAGGCACCACCACACCAGGCUUAAUUCUUCUUUUAACACAAAGUAGAAUAACACUCUAAAAGUAUUACCUAAAUGACUAUUUAGUUCAAAACAUCCCAAGUGGUAGUGAUUAAAAAUUCUUGCAUUGUUCAGAAUUCUUAUUUUUAGAAUACAUGAGGUGAGACGAGUCCCUGUACUUUGUUUGUAUGUGCUUACCCCUCCAGCAGGUAAUUGUUCUAAUUAUAAACUGCAACUGUUUUAAGUGAUCAAAAAUUUCAUAUACUAAACCUGACAGGAAGGGAACCAAAAGGCUUGGGGGUGGGGAGAAGAUUACACAUCAUUUACUUGAAUAUUGCAAAUCAUAUUUUCUUUUUGUUUUUAUUUCUAUCAUGCAUCAAAAUAGACCAGCUGCUUUCUUUGCACUUUCAAACCAUUAUAGAAUCCUAAUGAAAUGUUACAGCUGAAAGAAAUCUUAACCCUUCACUAAUCCAAACCCUCAUUUUAGAAUUUAUAGAAACGAUUCUAGAGAGGUAAAGUACAACUGAGGCUCACAGUUUCUGACUCCUAAACCAGGUGUUUUUUUCCUACCUCACAGAAGCUUAAUUUAGACCAUUUUGGGUGUGCAUGCAUACCUUCAUGUUAAAAAAUGAUAGGGCUUUAACAGUAAGCUUCCAUUAUUGAGUAUAGGAAGUACAAGGAUUAAGGUGAUUAUUUGGUUUAUAAGUAAAAUUCUCUUUUCUCCGUCACUAUCCUGAAGAUGCUCUGACAGCUCUUAGCCCUUGGGUUGCAAUGACAUCAUGUAAAAAGAUUCUGAUGAAUAAUUCAAUCCCAUAAACUAAGUCAACACCAAUAUUAAUUGGUAAGGACAUGCUGUAGUGCAGGUUCCCUGUGGCUUAUCAAUUAAUACUUCACAGUUUAUGGGAAGAAGCAUUUUUUAAUAUGAUCCCUGGUGGAGGUAUAGGAGCAAGACAGUUGUAUCCACAAAUGCAUUUCACUGGAGGAUGGAGCUAAUUACGAGAGAAUCAAAUACAAAUGUAAUUUUGUAUAUUUAAAUAUAUAUGGCCUGAGGGCCCAGUGUUUUCAUAGAUCAUGUACUCAUGUUUAAUUAUGGAGAAUGUUUACAGCUUAUUUUUAUGAAACCCUUCUAACGAGAGAUCUAAGCUAAGGGAUUUUAAAUUGAAGAGAUUAAAUCCCCAUCUACUUAACUUUUAAUUAGUUUUUUGUUUGUUUGUUUUUUGUUUUUUGUUUUUUACUAUUUUACUAAAAUCCAGGCAUUCAUCUUACUGUUUGCAUAAGUACAAGCUUCACUUUAGGCUCAAGAUUGAAUAAAAAUGCAUAGCAAAUUUGCUUUAAAUUAAUGUUUAAAAAAUCACAUUGCACAUUUGUCCCUGAAAUAAGUACAGAAAUUACUAUCAUUUUGCCAUAUUAAGGCAAGUACUAAAGCUGUGAUAUGAAGAAAAUGUCAUAUUAAAAAAGAAAUGCAGGAAACUAUGAGAACAUUUUAUCAAACCUAUUUUAUGAAUAUCGGAGAAAAAUGCAAUUCCACUUUGAUUUGGAAUUAUAUUCAUGCAGAAGGGACAAGAUAGUUUAUUUCCUUACUAUCAGACAGUGUGCUGGUCUGUUAGGAAAUGUGAGCAAUACUCAGAGGGAAUGUUUCUGGGUGUCAGAAAGUCAGUUCAAGAAAGUGGAACAGGACUUUACAGUGGGCUUUGGGGUACUUUGUGCUCAGUAGAGGCAGGGUGGCCUGCUCACUCAGCAGACAUCUUGGCUGUCGAGCUCAUUUCCUCACGUGUCCUUCUGGUUCAGAUGGAACCUCAAACUUAGGAGAGGAUUCCAGGAACUAAUACAGAGGCCCGUAGGGGUCCCUUGGAGGGUGUCAUCUCUGGCCAGGGGGAUGGGAGUGAUACAGGCAGUUACAUGGCCCUCAGUCUCUCUGAUUUACAUUUGUUUGUGGUCAGGAUUUAGAUCACUUUAUGAUUUUCUGAGGCUCUGACUCGUCAGAUACCUUUCUCAACCCUUGGAUGAAUCUGACCUCAGCUCUGUCCCUGAGACCUUCCACUUUCUCGAACUGACUUUCUGACACAGGCUUCUUCACCUUCAACCCCUCUCCAGGAUCCCCAGCAGAAAUCCAUUCUCAUUCCCAAAUAGGAAAUAAGGCCAUACGCUCAGUCUUUCCUCUCCUGAACGAGACGCUAGCAAGCUCAGAACACGAGUAAGCCCAGGUGCUCCAGAAAGAUUUAACAGGUCUUCUCACAGCUAAGCCUUAGAAGUUCGAGUAUUUCCUUGAUAUGGGAAUUUCAAAGGUCUCUAACAAGUUUCUAUAGUUAUUACUUGUUGCAUUUUUAGAAUAUGGGCUAAUUGCUUUAUGUGGUCUUUUGGUUGUGCUCUAGAAUCUGAUAUGCCUCAAACAGUAGCUUUCCAUCUUAGCCCACUCUCAAAAAGAGAGAAAAAAAAGCUACCCAGCCCCAGCUGUUCUGUUCAUUCAACAAGGGAGAAUUAAACUUUUUUUUAACCUACCUAAAAAAUGAAAGCAUAGAAUUGAUUUCAGUAGCUUUGAUGAAAUGAUCAAAACACAUCAAGCUAUUUUAACUCUAAACGUGCUUGCUGGACAUAGUACCUUGUAAGGCUUGGGACUCCAAAGGGGAUACCAGAACAUCAACCCAAACAUCACAGAACUCUUCGCAUUCCCUACUUUAUAAAUUCUUCUGAUUUAUAAAGGCAGCUUCUGCAACCUUGAACAAAAUGGCAAGGAUAACUUGGAGAAACUGUCAGUUUACCUUAAUGUUAGAAAAUGAUACUUCUUUUAAAGCACUAUUUAAUUUAGACUUCAUCUAAUUCAAAUUGGCUUUCCCAUUUACCCAGAAGGAUCAUAGAAUCAAAGAAAUGAUCUAAUUCAGCCACCUCAUUUUACAAAUCAGUAGAGAACCUUUUAGGUUAAAUGACACAGCCAGGUUUUAGCAGAUCACUUGGCUCCUAGACCAGCAUUCUAUCCCUAAAUGAUCAAUGUGUUAGCCAUAAGUAAUUCUUUUAAGUAAUUUUUUUUCAUUUCUUUUAGAGUUUUGAAAAUUACAUGAGAAAUACAUGAGUGUAUAACUAUUAUAAAAUAGUACAGGAAUAGAAAGUAAAGUCUACCUCCAUACAAACAUGCUGUUUAAUCCAUUCUCUCCAGAGGGUAUCAUCAUUCAUUCUUUCAGAAGAAACUUGUGUAUGCAUUUACAUAUUUAUGUAUAAAAACUCGGGGGGGCAUUUAAAAUCGAGUCACCUAGGGAUCUCUUUCUUGGACCAUAUUGGUAUAAACUUUAUGGGCAGAAGCAGAAGUUUCUGAGAUCCUUAUUUCUCUCCCAGAUGAAUCUGUCAGAUGUAGCAUAUUGUGGUUAAUAUAGAUGUUUCACAGACCUGCUUAUGUACGAUCAAGCUUUAUCAUAUUCUAAAGUUCAAAAGUGAGUUCCAAUAUGCAUUAUUGAGUUGAGUUCCAAUAUGCACUAUUGUGUUUUCUUACUGGAAAUACAAUUUCUGUUCUUAACACCAUCAACUAAGCUCCCUGUACUGUGAGAAAAGAAAGGAGUAACCGACCUAUGAAAUCCAUAUAGAUUUCCUCCACAGGACUUUCUUGGCUUCCCUGUCUCUGCAGAGGCACACAAUAUUAUAGAAAACAGAAGCCAAGAGAAUAAACUUGUGCAAUUUUUUUUUUUUUUUAGACAGGGUCUCACUUUGUCGUUCAGGCUUGAGUGCCGUGGUGUGAUCUCAGCCCACUGCAGCCUCAAUCUUCCAGGCUCAAGCAAGCCUCCAGCCUCAGCCCCCCACGUAGCUGGGACUACAGGUGUAUACCACCAUGCCAGCUGAUUUUUUAUAUUUUUCGUAGAGAUGGGGUUUCACCAUGUUGCCCAGCCUGGCUUGUGCAAUUUCGUUUUUUAAAAAAAUAGCUAAUGGAGAUUCUGAUAAUUCUUAUUGUUUCCUGGUCAACUUCUGUGUCUUUCCUAACUUUCAAACUGUCAGUAGAAAUGAUGAACUGUAGCAGGCCAGAAGCUGAGCUUCAUUUGGUCACUUUUUCCUUUCCUGUCUUCUUGCCCAUCCAGCUUUCCCCUUUCUGAUGGUGUCUUCUUAUUUCUGACAAUGCUUGGGAGCGAGCUGUUUGACACCCAGAUUUUAUGAGUUGCCAGCGGUGGAGAGGAGAGAGCCGGGCAUGCAGAUUCUUCAUGGACCCUACUAGAGAGGACAGAGAAAAAGAGCACUGGUGUAGGAGCCCACGGGUCUGGCUCUUAACCCUGGCCUGGUGACUUCAGCUAUUUGACCUUGAGCAAGUCACUUCAUUUCUCCUUUAGCAACAUCUCUAAAAUGAGGGAGUGAACAAAAAUGUUCCCUUAGAUUUCUUCUAAUUCAGAAAUACCAGUUGAUUCUUAUUUAAAUAUGAACAUGACCAAAGCAUGUGCAGUCUGUAAAGCUGGAGAGGUGCCCAGCACCUUCGUGUUUCCAUUUGUGCGGUAGCCCCCCUCAUGUGAGCCCUGUACGUGAACAUAUGAAAUCUUAUGCUGCAUCCACAUUCAAUAAGAAGAAAUUGCUUUUUCAGUGUCUGUGGGAGGAGAUAAGCUGCAGGUGCUGUUUAUUUUCCCAAAGGACUUUAUAUAUGAAACACAGGGUUUAUUAAAUUUAUCAAAUGCAAUAAGAGAAAAAUCUGUCAUCUGAUGUUGAGAUAGCAUUCUGGGAGCCCGGUCGGGGUACUGCAUUUGCUCACCAGAAUGAGAUCAAACGAGAUACGAGUCCUUUGGUUUGGUUGGAUUCAUCAUGAGGCAGCAUGGGUUUGCACUUGUAGAAAUCAAAACUGUUGGGUCAGAUAGUAAAGCCAAUCCUUGAACUUACAUCUUUAGUUAAGGCAUCAAAGAAUUGUAAGUUGCUUUGCAAUGAUGGCAUCUCCACAUGGUCAGAUUCUUCCAGUAAACUGUGCAGAUAUUUUACAGAAUAAGAGCUAAGUUUCAGCAUGUCAAGGAAUGAUCUGUACUCAAGUGUUAGUAAACAAGAGUUUUUUUGUUUGUUUGUUUUGAGACAGUCUCUGUCAUCCAGGCUGGAGUGCAGUGGCAUGAUCAUAGCUCACUGUAUCCCCAGACUACUGGGCUCAAGUGAUCUUCCUGCCUCAGCCUCCUGCGUAGCUAAGACUACAAGCGCAUGCCACCACCCCUGGCUAAUUUUUUAUUUUUUGUGGAGAAGGGAUCUCACUAUGUUCCCCCAAGCUGGUCUUGAACUCCUGGACUUAAGCAAUCCUCCCACCUCAGCUUCCCAAAGAGUUGGGAUUAAAGGCGUGAGCCCCCAUGUCCGGCCAACAAGACUUCCUCGUGACUAUAAUGUGAACAUAAUAUUAAUAGCUCUGAGAGAGAGAAGUGAACCAGAAGACCAACCUCAGUGUCAGGAAGUCUGGGCGUCUGUCUUCUGCAUGGCUGAAGACAUGGGGCUUUGGGCAAGUCAUCUGUUCUCUUUGAACUUUGGCUUCCUCACUUCUGAAAUAGGAGGGUCAGAGAAGAUGUUUCUUUUUGCUGAAAAGUUUUACAGUUCUCUGAUCUAUACCCCUUGGUCACACACAACCAAAAAGUAGAAAACAUGAGUGCAAUACUUUUCCACCAGUACUCCCAGUUUAUACAUUAUCUUCUCAAACCAAUAAGGAACUUCUACAAGGCCCUGUUAGUGAUGUGUUACAGGUGCCAGCAUUAGGGAAACUUUCAGACUGUUAUAUCUAUUCGUUCCUUCAUCCAUGUAUACUUCUAUUCAUUCUGUAUGCAGAGUAAUUUAUAUAUGUACAAUUACAUGGCAGUGAAAGAUAAUCAGAAAAAUGAAGAUUUUUUUUUUUUUGAGACAGAGUCUUGCUCUGUUGCCCAGGCUGGAGUGCAGUGGUGUGAUCUUGGCUCACUGCAACCUCCGCCUCCCGGGUUCAGGGGAUUCUCGUGCCUCAUCCUCCCGAGUAGCUGGGACUACAGACAUGCGCCACCAUACCCAGCUAAUUUUUGUAUUUUUAGUAGAGAUGGGGUUUUGCCAUGUUGGCCAGGCCAUUCUCGAACUCCUGGCCUCAAGCGAUCCUCCUGCCUUGGCUUCCCAAAGUACCAGGAUUCCAGGCAUGAGCCACCGUGCCUAGCCAGAAGGUUUUUUUUAAAAAAACAAAGACACUCCUGAACUAACAAUUACAAAGAGCUAGUGACAGUUUCCCAAAUAAUUAUGCAUAACAGGAGCCCAUAUAUUGUUCUCAAAUCAUAAACCGUAACUGAUUUUAAGGAAAAGACAUUCUGUCCCACUGAUAUUCUUUUCAUGAGUAAGAUCUGGAUCUGUCUGGAGGCACAGAAUUAAUUUUUGCAUGAGGAAUCCCAACCCUACCAUCAUUCCAUGGCUGAGGAAUUGGUUAUUACUCCUAUGGGAAAUUGGGAAUGUUGUUGGUACCCCAGCUUUCUCUUAAGACGAAAUUUAACAAAUGCAUACAUGCUAAGAUGCAUACACUCAUAAGGCUUUGUGGGUCUCCUUUCUAAGGGGAAUUUGAAUACUAACAAGAACAAAGACUAAAUACCAAAAGGGGGCUUUCUAAUGAUAGAAUUUGGGAUAUCAGGUAGCCACAUAGAGCAGGGCUACUUUGGGGGCUGGAGACUGCAGAAACCCUUCAGGUUUAUACGUGUGAGUAAACCUAAUCACACUUGAUGUAUUGCUAGUGAAGUCCCAGCCCCCUGAGCCUUUGCAGAAACCCAAAGAAUGCUAAAAAGGGCAGGUUUUAGUUCCUGCCAAUUAUUUCAUUUACUACAAAUGCCCCCGGUUCUGAAUUUACUUCCCUCCCCACCAGAAAUACGUCAUUUUGGAGGCUUGUGAAAAUUAAGCAUUAAGAAAAUCCCGCCUCCAUCCUAAUACACUGCAUCCACAAGUCCCAAACAAAAUCACUUCCUUGGCCUACACACAAAACUACCUGUUUCUGUUUAGGUCUGUGACUCAGAAAGUGCCUGGAAGAAGUCAUGAGAGGGAGUCGAUCCCAUCUUACCUGCCAUAGGAAGAAUAGGGCCUGCUCAGUAGAGUUCAGUGUGUGUGUUGAAGGUGGUGGUUCUUAGUCCUUCCCUGAAUUCACUAAUUCGCAUUGCACUCACUCUUCCUGAUCAAUGAGUUAUUGCUGAGAAAUCAUUGUAGUAAGUAAUACAGGUGUCCCCAGUAAAGCCAUCCCUCUCCUCCAAACCUCCGCUGUCCCUUGGGUUUUGGCUCCAGGAUCCUUGCCCCAUGUCCCAAAGAAUCCCUACCCAUGGGCCUCCCUCCUCCUCUUUUGCCAAUUGCACUUGACCUUUUCAGGAAAAAGAAAUCAAUUGAUACCUUAGUCCUAAUGUUUGACCCUUUUCUAUCUCAGAAUAGAGAAGUCCCCGUAUUUGUUCUUUUUUUACUCAAGCUUAAUAUAGACCACCUAGGCCCAGAAGCUCCGUGCUAUAUUCUGUUGCCUAUAAUUGUCCUUCCAUCUAAUUGGGAAAAGGUUACUCUAUUGAACCAUCUGCUGAUUCCCUUGCCUUUUCACUCUUUUGUCAGUAUUCCUUUACCAGUAAAUUCUUGGUUAUCUAGGUCCUGAAGUUUCAUUCAUGUUUUUUUUAAAAGCUUUAAUUUUUCUCAGGAAAACUGUUUCUCUCAUCUUAAAGCAGACUAUGAUCUUUUCUACUUUGUAAUACAAUUUGAACAUAAUGAACACUCUAAAGUCAGGCAUGGAUUUUAUCAUAAAAGCAGAUCGUAUUAAGAUUUUUUUUAAAAAAGAACCAGGAUUGAGGAAUCUGUAGCUAAUAAUUUAAUAAUUCACCAGCAUGUUUUGGGCUCCCACUUCAUGAUGGCCACUGGGCUAGGCACUGAGGGUGCAGAAGCAAACAAAUCAGGCUCCUGGCCCUCAGAUUUGCAUUCCAGUGAGUCCAUUCAUAAAACCUAACUCAAAGCCAGCAACACCCCCAAAAGGGCUGUUGGAAGCUUUGUAGCUCAUCUGUACAGCUGUCUUGGUUCCUGUACGGGAUCUUACUUUCUUGGGAAAAUAUGUUCUAAAUCCUGUUUCCUUGGGCCAUUAAAAAUCCAUGCUGUCCCUAAUCAAUAUAUAGUUAUGUGUGACCUUCUUAGAAUAAAAAAAAAUGCCGCUGGACAGCCUUUGAAGGGAAAGGCAGAGAAAUCUGUUUUGAUGGCUUGAAAAUAAGUGAAAAGGUUUUUAGGGAAAGCUAACAAGCUUUCAGAGAUUUCAGAUCUGCCAGCAUUCAUUCAUUAAGGCAUGGGAUUAGGCCAAAAGAGCCUCCUACCAAGGGAGAGACAGGAACCAUGUAAGGAGAUCUGUGAGACCGCAGUGGAAGAGUAUUGAAAUAGAAGCCAGACCUGUAGACGUAUUUGUUAAUAUGUGUGCCAAGCCAAAGUACAGGAGGAGGCUUGGAGGCAUGGAGUUGUGGUGGAAGCAGGUUCUGGAAAGCAGAACUCUGAAGCUGGCUCAUUCUCACCAAGUCAUCUGGCCCAGCCUCCCGCCUCCAAGCACAUCCUGCCUGCAGAGGGUCUGGCUAGCUGCCUUUUCAGCUCUCGAGGGAUAGAGAUUCUACAACCUCCCUCUGUCAUCAGUUCCAGAGCCACUCCCCUUUGCACUAGAAGGUCUUGCUUUCAAAGAAUGAGGGUGUGAGGGAGGGAGGGGUCAAGAAACAGAGUGACAGGGGAAACAGGCAGAACAAGUCAGGGCAAAGGACCCCAGCAUGAAGAGUUGUGGAGGUGGAGGUGGGGAAGCAGCCUCACAUCUCACACUUCCUUCCUUCUCUUAAAUGUGAGCAGCUGACUCCAAGCCUUGUGGAAACUCUAGAAGGUAGAACCAGCCAUCUGGGGAAGCUGGCCUUACAGAUGCCCCGUCUGGCAUAGUGGAGGUUCCUGUGCUCUGAGAACGCAGUGUGAAUCUAGACAUCCACUGCAGCCUGGGAAGAGCUGUGUUUUCUUCAAAAGUCUUUAACUUUCACAGUCACCCCUCUAAAGAAAUGUUCUCUGAUUGAAGGCAUGCUUCUAUUCCUACUUUAUUGUGUUUCAUGCAUUCUGCCAGAGUAAUUACUUUUCAUACCAAUUCUUGGAUGCAGAGAAAUCUCUGGUAGUCUAAGGGGAUUUCGAUCCAAGUAAAGCUACUAUCUCCUAUUCCAUCCAGACUUUUCCGUCUGCCUCCAUUCUCUCAGUCACAUACCUAGAAGCAAGCCAGAAAGCUUCUCCAACCAAAAUCACUCUCCAAAGCCCAAGCACUUUAUUGUUCUCCCUGUCUGUUCUCGAGCCAAGGUGUAUUUGGCCUCAUUGCCAUUAGUUGUCUGUCUUUCAUGGCUCUGCACCACAUUACAGUCAGAGCAGGAAGGCCAGCAGUGGAGAUAGAAUUAUGGCAGAAACCCAGAGUAGAGGCCUCUGCUGGUGGGGGAGCCUGCAGCACUCUCCACGCUGGUGGGUCCUAGCAUGCCCAACAGACCCCCAUCCCUUCCCAUCAGCCUUGGGCCUUGAGUCUCAUUCCAACUCAUCCCCUCCCCUUUCCCUUCUUUCCAGUCCCAGGUGACACUUGAUGCCUCUGACUCCUUUGAAGAGGGCAUCAAGAAGUGAAAGAACAAAGUCCUUUUCUGUUCGGGAUCUGGGUCCAUCCUGGGAGAGGUUUUUGGCAGAAAUGGCUGCAGUGGAACCCUCUGACUGCCAGGGUGAAAUAGUGCUCCAGCAGGCUGCGGUAGACUCACUGCCAGAGUGGGUCAGGACUGGCCCAGAGGACAGGGUCAUCUCUUGAGAGUCCUCCCAGCUCCAGGGCCUGAUUUUAAAGCAGUAACACGAGGAUAUAGGUUAUAUACAGGCUCCUGGAAGGCAGGUGCCGCAGCUCCUGUGACACCCCAUAUGCCUGAGCAAGCUUCUCCAGCACAAGAGAUGAUGCAAGUAUGAAUGGGUGCGGGGGGAGCUUAAAACCUGCCAACACUGAGACUUGAUGCCAGGGGCCGUGCACCUGCUCUGCCACCUGCUAGGUCUGUGCAAUGGUCAGAGCAGAGGUGUGUGAUGAGUUCAGCUCCCAAACACAUCCACACUUACGAAGUGUUCUGUGUGUUUUUAAAUAAUCCUUACCAUGUAAAGAUUGUAUUACAUUUGUAUACAAAAUUUUUUUGCAUUUUACUUUUGUAAUAUUUGGGGUUUUAUAGAUUUUUAUUUUAUGGCCAAGUAUACUUUUGUAAGGAAAUGUUGAAGUCUUGAGUAUUUUUAUUCUUUUAAAAAACUAUAGUUAGUGUCAACUGUGAGCACUGAUAAAUAUUAUUCAUGUGUGGUUUUCCUUCUUUUUAAUCCAGACUUUUUAAGAAACUGUUUUGGCAUAGAGCUUUACUUAAAAUGCUGCUUCAUUUUACACGUUGUGAAUACUGAAGAUUCUAAAAAAUAAAGAUGCAUUUAAAAUCUC